AUGGCCUUCGAGGAGCUGCUGCAUCAGGUGGGUGGUUUUGGACCCUUCCAGUUGCGGAAUGUGGCCCUACUGGCCUUGCCCCGGUUGCUGCUGCCCAUGCACUUCCUCCUGCCCAUCUUCAUGGCUGCCGUGCCUGCUCACCACUGUAACCUGCCUGGGGCCCCGGACAACUUCAGCCACCAGGACCAGUGGCUAGAGGCCCACCUGCCCCGGGAGUCUGAUGGCACAUUCAGCUCUUGCCUCCGUUUCAUCCAUCCCCGCCCCCUCUCCAACACCACGUUGGGGGGAGGAGGACACAGCCUUGGGGAGCCUGAGGGGGAGCCCCUCACAGUGGCCUGUCACCAGGGCUGGGAGUAUGACCGCUCGCAGUUUUCUUCUACCAUUGCAACCGAGUGGGACCUGGUGUGUGAGCAGAAAGGCCUGAACAAAGCCACGUCCACCUUCUUCUUCGCCGGUGUGCUGGUGGGGGCUGUGGUCUUUGGAUACCUGGCUGAUAGAUUUGGGCGCCGCCGCCUACUACUGGUGGCCUAUGUGAGUGCCCUGGUGCUGAGCCUGGCAUCUGCAGCCUCUGUCAACUAUGCCAUGUUCGCCAUCACCCGCACCCUCACUGGCACAGCUCUGGCUGGCUUUACCAUCAUCGUGUUGCCACUGGAGAUGGAGUGGCUGGACGUGGAACACCGCACCGUGGCAGGCGUCCUGAGCAGCACCUUCUGGACAGGGGGUGUAAUGCUGCUGGCACUGGUCGGAUACCUGAUCCGAGACUGGCGAUGGCUUCUGCUGGCUGUCACCCUGCCUUGUGUCCCAGGCAUCCUCAGCUUCUGGUGGGUGCCUGAGUCUGCCCGCUGGCUUCUGACCCAGGGCCGUGUAGAGGAAGCCCAUAGGUACCUGCUCCGCUGUGCCAGACUCAAUGGGCAGCCUGUGAGGGAAGAUGACCUUAGCCAGGAGGCCCUGAGCAAGGUGGCUGCCGGGGAGCGAGUGUUACAAAGACCCUCGUACCUAGACCUGUUCCGCACACCACGGCUCCGACACAUCUCACUGUGUUGCAUGGUGGUGUGGUUUGGAGUGAACUUCUCCUAUUACGGCCUGAGCCUAAACGUGUCGGGGUUAGGACUGAACCUGUACCAGACGCAGCUGUUGUUCGGGGUCGUGGAGCUACCCUCCAAACUGCUGGUCUACCUGUCGGUGCGCCGCCUCGGACGGCGCCUCACGCAGGCCGGAAUGCUUCUGGGCGCAGCUCUCGCUUUGGGCCUUAGGACGCUGGUGACCUCGGAGAUGGGGCUCUGGAGCACCGCCCUGGAGGUGAUGGGGAAAGGUUUUUGUGAAGCUGCCUUCACCACUGCCUACAUGUUCACGUCGGAGUUGUACCCUACCGUGCUCAGACAGACAGGGAUGGGGUUGACAGCACUGGUGGGCCGGCUAGGGGGCUCUUUGGCUCCUCUGGCAGCCUUGUUGGAUGGAGUGUGGCUACUACUUCCCAAGCUCGUUUAUGGAGGAAUUGCCCUGCUGGCUGCCUGCACUGCCCUCCUGCUCCCAGAGACAAGGCAGGCACAACUGCCAGAGACCAUCCAGGAUGUGGAGACAAAGAGUGCCCUAUCCAGCCUUCAGGUAGAAGAGGUGCACAUGAAGCAGUCCCAAGACUGA